UUGUAUAAUUCCAGAUUUUACUCGGUGUGAUAGUGAUAGUGAUUGUAUCGAAUCCUCGAUUCGAUUUCUAUAAUAGGGCCCAUUAUUUGAGUUGUGAUAACCAACAUGCGAUCCAAAAAUAAUUAGAAUAAAUCCGUCUAUUUUGGUUGCAUGAUAAAGACCGCGCUUUCGCGGUUAUAGCUUUAGGAAAUAUCGGAUAUCACGCCGGUGACUCAUCCCCCAGACUGGCUCGCUUAUCAGAACAAGAAUGACACACUGCGAAAUAAAGUUUGACGGCAAUCCACUGGGGAUUUUUCAGAGCGGUCAAACGCUAAGUGGGUGUGUUGAGCUACGUCUAGUGAAACCAAAGAAAAUUUCAGGUUUCAUUUUAACGCUUUCAGGGAAUGCCGAGGCAAAGUGGUCGGAAAAUCACGACAAAGAUACAACCACCUAUACCGGAAAUGAAGUUUUAUUAACAUCUGAAAGUGUUUUAGUCAGCCCUAGCUAUGGAGAAACCAUUGAAAUGCCUGCUGGGCUGCACGUUUAUAAUUUUUCCUGUGUACUUCCGCCACAUCUCCCUUCGUCAUACGAAGGGAAACACGGACGCAUUAGAUACACAGCGUCGGCGGUGCUCGUGCGCCCCUGGAAGUUCAAUCAAUCCUGUAAGGUAGCAUUUACCGUACUAAGACCGUUCGAUCCGAGUCAAUUUCCAGAAUUGAGGAACUCCAUCAAUUUGGAACAGGUCAUAACUUUCUGCUGUUGGCCCUGUCGAUCGAGGCCCUUACUAAUCACCGUUGGAACGCCAAUGAAUGGUUAUGUUGCAGGUCAAAUAGUGGAUAUUGUUGUAACAUUGGAUAACCGCAGCAGUGUCAGUGUUUUUGGGGUUACUAGCAAACUCAAACGUACGGUGUAUUUCAUCAGCCAGAGGCCGAGUAAAAAGACUAAAGAAGUAACUGAAACUUUGUCCACCGUAAGAAGCGAUACAUACGACGACAACGCCACACGUUGUCUUCAAAAAUUGGAAAUUCCUUGCGUUGUCCCAACUACAAGCUCUUCGAUUCUGAUCAUAAACUACAAGUUGUUCAUUACUAUCGAAGUUGAUGGUUGUCACAGAAAUCCCAAGUUCCAAAUCCCAAUCAUAAUUGGUACAGUCCCUUUCAUCAAUAGAAAUUAUGGAACUUUUGCUAAUGUAUCUUCACCUUCGGCACCACCGUUAGCUCCUGAUGAAUUGCCGCCUCCAACCUUUGAGGAAGCCAUGAACGCGACUCCUGUGAACGUAAACGAUGACGAAAACGCUAUCGGCUCUCAACCAUACGUUCCAAGAUAUCCAGUGUACAAAUUCGAAACGCUAAAGAAGUGCUGAUAACAGAGGUGAAAUGGUAAAGCAAUGUUUUCUGUGUCAUAGGAUGAUAUGCUACCAGUUAAAUUAACACUUGUCCAACGUGAUUCUCAUUAAAUUCAAAUUUUUAUAUAAAGAAAGAUGUCGCACUCGAACAAUGCACUUCUGGAAGACACGGCGCAUAUCAGUUCUCAUUAAUUCGUUUCUAUAAAUAUAUUGUAUACGCAUAAUAUAUAAAGUAUAAUAUACAUAUUCGAUAUUUUACGUUUCAA